AUAUACCAACUUAUAAUGCCAAAUCUGAGCUGCUUCCCAAAUCUAACGCUCCACUCUGUUUCUGUCUCCGAACAACAGGCUGUGACGCCAAACAAACGCCAAGAUGUCAGAGAAAAAGAUGUCGUCGAGUCGCAAGCAUCAUCUGAAGAGUUUGAUGCUGUCCAUCGCCAAAGGUUUACUGGAGGAGGAGGAGAAGGAGCGAGAGGUGGAGAGGGCGAGGUACAUGGCUGAGAACUGUCCUCCUGUGAGGAUGCCCAGGACCAUGCAGGAGCUGCAGGAGCUGUGCAGAGAGAUUCACCACAAGAUCGACAAGAUCGACGAGGAACGAUACGACUUGGAUAUGAAAGUCACUAAAACCAACAAGGAGAUUGACGACUUGAAGAUCAAAGUUCAGGACCUGAUGGGCAAAUUCAAGAAGCCUGUCCUGAGGAAAGUUCGUAUGUCUGCUGAUGCCAUGCUGAAGGCUCUGCUGGGCUCCAAACACACAGUCAACCUGGACCUGAGGGCCAACCUGAAGCAGGUCAAGAAGGAGGUCAAAGAGGAGGAGAAGGAGCUGCGAGAUGUCGGCGACUGGCGUAAAAACAUUGAAGACAAAGCCGGCAUGGACGGGAGGAAGAAGAUGUUUGAGGCUGAGGCAUAAAUCAAUCUGCUGUCAACAAAGCUGCAGUACUUUUAGUCCCUGCUUUUCACCGAUUGGUUUAAUCCGAUCAGAUUAAUUUAGAUAACACAAAUUAAUUUUCUGAACCACUUUUUGAGCUGCAGAAACUGCGACUGAAUAAAUGGAGUGAAAGAGA